AAUCAGACAGCCGGGAGAAGAAGAGGAGGAGGAGGAGGAGGAGGAGGAGAGAGAGAAGCAGAGGAUGCAGAUGAAGAGAGGGAGCAGCAGCCUCCAGCAGCCACCAUCUUUUCCCUGCUGGACGUCUCCGCUUCAUUUCACCGCCUCCAGGUUCUGAUACCGGCUGUGAUCUCACUCUGCAUGCCUGCAGAAAAACCGAAGAGCCUCCCCCCCUUCUCCCCCCGCCUCCGCUCUCCAUCCUACCAUACAUGAACUGUCGAUGCGUCACGCCUGUGCUUCCUGCGCCUGUUCUUCCGCAGAUGCGUCGCUGCCUCCUUAGCUCAUAUUUAGCCUAUCAUACGAAUCCGGAUCGGCCUUCUCCUCACUCCUGCACAUCACUUGGACUCUGCUGCCUUCAGAACAUCUGUUAAAGCGUCAUUGAUUCCGCGGUUGCAGCAUGUCCGGCCUCUUGCGUCUCUGCCGCCCGUGCGUCUUCCCUGCCGCGGCGCCGCAUCUGCUCCCCCUCUCCAUAUGGACUCUGAAAUCUGCGUGAAGCGCGCGUCAUUUUUCGCGUCUACGCCCUCGCUCUGCUGCGGAUGCGGUGCACCUGGGUGCUCGCUGUCUCCUCCUCGUCCUGGCCCGUCUCUGAUCCUUUGGUCCGGGGGGGCUGGUGCCCGCAGAGAGGCAGGAUGGUGCGUAUAGCCAGCGCGCUGGGGCUUGUAAUGUUCAGCGUGGCGCUGCUCAUCCUGUCGCUCAUCAGCUACGUGUCCAUCAAGAAGGACUUCCUGCUCAGCACCCCCAGAUACGGACCAAAUGGAGGAUCCAGGUUGUCCAUGUUCCACGCGGGGUUUCGCUCCCAGCUGGCGAUGAAGUAUCUGGAUGCAGCUUUCAGCCCUCUGACCAACUCUCUGAGCGAGGACCUACAGAACUCCUCCAAAUGGAGAUUCAACAGUACUGCUUUCGUGAAGCUCAAAACGGAGAUCUCUCAGUACAUCGACAUCCCUCACAACUUCUCACUAACAAGAGACUCGGUCCGAAUUGGACAGCUGAUGCAUUACGACUACUCCAGCCACAAGUAUGUAUUCUCCAUCGGGGAGAACUUCCGCUCACUUCUUCCUGAGGUCUCGCCGAUCGUCAACAAACACUACAAUAGCUGCGCCGUGAUCGGUAACAGCGGCAUCCUCACCGGCUCUCGCUGCGGCCCUCAGAUCGAGAAGUUUGAUUUCGUCUUUCGCUGCAACUUUGCUCCGACUGAGGUUUUUAAGAAGGACGUUGGGAGGCGGACAAACAUGACAACCUUUAAUCCCAGUAUCCUGGAGAAAUACUACAACAAUUUACUGACUGUGCAGGACAGGAACAACUUCUUCCUGAGCCUGAAGAGGCUGGACGGGGCCAUCCUGUGGAUCCCGGCGUUCUUCUUCCACACGUCGGCCACAGUGACGAGGACGCUGGUCGACUUUUUCGUGGAACAUCGAGGUCAGCUGAAGGUCCAGCUGGCCUGGCCUGGAAACAUCAUGCAGUAUAUCAACAACUACUGGAAAACCAAACAGCUCUCCCCAAAGCGCCUGAGCACCGGCAUCCUGAUGUACACGCUGGCGUCCUCCAUGUGCAACCAGAUCCACCUGUACGGCUUCUGGCCCUUCGGCUGGGACCCCAACACCGGGAAGGAGCUGCCGUACCACUACUACGACAAGAGGGGCACCAAGUUCACCACCAAAUGGCAGGAGUCCCACCAGCUGCCCGCAGAGUUCAAACUGCUCUACAAGCUGCACAUGGACGGAGUACUGAAGCUCUCCCUCUCGCACUGCGCUUAGGCCUCAAACUGCAGCAAGUACAUCGCUUCUUCAAACUCCUCUGAGGCACUUCAGCAGGCCAAGCAAGGAAGGAUUCAUGAGGUUCAGCCAAGAGUGAAAUCUCAAAGGGGGAGUUUGGACAAAGGGUUCCUUGCUGAAUCCUGUGCUCGAGACAAACUGUUUGUACAAAUCGCAACAAAUCCAGAAUGAAGAGUCUUUUUAUUUCUGUGGCUCAAGAUUUUAAAAAGGAAGGAGACUUUGGGGGGUUGUAUUCUGGAAGUAGUGAUCAAAACUGGACUGGCAGUGUUGCUCUUCAGCAUAAUAUUCAACUUUAACUUGUUUAAUGGUCAUCAGUGGUCUCGUCACUCUUGGCACCAUAGCUACAAAACAGCAGAUUUAAAUCAAGUCUAUGUUCAGAGCGACGUGAAGGAGGCGUCUCGUGGUGCAGACAUCGUGUUGAUGCAGCACAGAGCAAAAAAAGUUGAACCUAGCUCAAGGUUUGCUGCAUACCAGUGCAAUAUUAUUCAGCGAAGAUUUAACGAAUCCCAUCUCAGGCUGUCAGAUACCAUGCCAACUUUUGAAGCACAAGGUCGCUUCUAUUUUGAGUUCUGUCUCUUUCCUUUCCAAGAUGUGGUCGAUGUGAGACGGUUGGUUUGGUUUGGGCAAAAAGAAAGAGACUUGGUAUGAAUUGCAACAUUUUUCUUGACUUGAACCCCUCUUUGGUGAAUUUCCUGAGUUGGUUGACUCGUCCAUCACUUCAGCUACAAUAAGCUGACUUUACCCGACUACAUGGCCUGGUUUCCUUCAUGCAGGGCAACCAGAGCAUUUCAGUCUUUGAAAUCGUCUGAAUGGGUACCCAGUGGAAGCAGUUGUGUUGCUAAUGGGCACAACAGAAUGAUGGUGGACCAUAAAGAAGAGCCCAUCCUGCUCGUGCAUCACCGGGAUACCUUCGAAAUCCUGUCUCAAAGUAUUAUUUGCAGUUUUAGUUUCUGCUUUGCCUUCAUAGUCAUGUUGUGUUCACUCAAACUAAACUUUCUGGAGCGUCCAACUCUGUCACUUUUACUUGAAGCAACAAACAACCACCAACAAAGACCCUGUCAUCUUCUUUUAUGCAGCGCAGCUUCUGUCCCUAAUGUUUUUAUUCAUUACUUCACUUCAGUGGAAGAGUUACCCAAACAUUUCUUACGCUGGGCUCAGACUGCACAACGUUUUUCCCUUGAAAUGGUCAAAGGAAAACAAAGAGGUUCUACCCGUGAGUUGGCUGAGAGAUGAGUAGGGUCAGAAUUUAAAUCCCAAACAAAUCCUUUCGCAACCUGGUUGAUAGACAGUGUUAAAGAUGCCAAAUUAAAUGGAAAGGUCCAAAAAGAGUGGUAGUCCGGGUCAAAAAUUGCGGAACAGGCCUUGAAACAGACACUAAACAUCUGGUGUGAUAUUAGAACACAUUGGUAGGUGUAGGAUAACUCAAAAAUACCUUAUAGCUUUUUUAUGAUUUAAAAUUUAGUGUUUUUUAAAGAUAGUUACAUCAUGACGUCAUCCUCUAACCCCAUAUUGGUAACCAUUAAGUUUGAGAAGGCGUCAUUGCGUCUAUAGCUGAACAAGAUGCUGCACAACUUGUCCUCCUCUACAGUGAAUAAAACCAGGGACUGUUGUUCCCUACAUUCAUGUUCAUUCCCAUCAGGAUUGAGCCUGAAUCUCAGUAUGAAUUUGGAAAGGCAUGUAUAAGGAAGGAGAUGGACAUGGAUGGAAAUUUAAAAAAGAAAGUAGUCGCUGGAUUCAUUUUCUGAGGCUUUGGCUUAAUUUAAGUCACAGCUCUGCAAUAUUCAUCAAAAUAAAGCCAUGAAACUAUAGUUUUAGCAGGAAUCAUAAUGUCCCUCCAUUUACAAAAGGUCCCAGUCAAAACUGAAUUCAUUGAGUCCACAUUAUUGAAGUUAUUUGCUAAAUAUUGUUGACCUCUUCCCUCUACACGCAGGCUGCAGACUGCCCACCGGUGGUGUUUCCGUUUAUCACUUUCUUGCAUUGAAAGAGGAGGCAUUAAUAGUUGCGCGGUGAAAGCAGGGUUAUUAGGCUUAUCUUUAGUAGUAGUUUUGUUUAACUCUGUCUUUAUCACUCAGGGAAGCUCAGUCUGUCGUUAAGGAGGCUAGAGGUGAGCUGGCAGUGGCAGAUGAAAGCCUGGUAUGGCAACUAGUUAUACCGUGUAGUUUUCAUCCAUUUAAGAUGUAAAGCCAUCUCAUGUUUCAUAUAAUUUUGACUUAGCAUCGACCAACACCCUUGUAGAAAUUCUUGGUUAGAAGUCACACCACUUCCUGUUUGCUAUCUGAAUACAGUUGCAGAUAAUGACGUCUCUGCACACCCGUAGUCCCCACACAAUACUCAUUACUGGGUGUUUCUGUGUGGUCUGAUUAAGCUGUAAUGUCCUGUGAAAAAUUCAAGCCAAUGCAGGAGUGUAUACUACUGCAGUUCCUCCAGAGUCCACUUGAGGCUGCCUCCAAAAGCCAUGAAGUCCUGUAUUAAAAUGCCCAACUUUUCCACAGAAAUUAACAUGUUCUGAGUCUGGUUCAACAAAUGGUUUUGCUCAGUGUUGCGCAUUUCAUUAUUUGUACAAACUGUGGAGGGUUUGACUUUUGUAACACACCUUGUAAGAUAAAAUAAAGGCUAAGAAGUUGCACAUAAAUUAGCAAAAUUAGGGGCAUGGCUGAGUUGCCUGACUGACGAAAAGUUAGAUGGCAACCACCAUCAUUCGGCUUCAAAACCCUUCUCACAGACGUUACAUCCGUGUUUUAUACAGUCUGUGAAUCUGAUUCCAGUGUAAGACAUCUUGAUAGUAUACCAUCCAUCCAUUAACCACGUAUCCCUCUUAAGAGUUGCAGGACGGCCUGGAUUUCAUUUGAUAGUGGCCUCUCGCAAAUGUUUAUCUUUUGGUCCUACCAGUAACAGUCUUGUCAACUUUGGCAUGGACGAAUAAUCGCUUUAACUUCUGAGACUUGUGUAUUUGCCAUUUCUGGAUUUCAAGAUCCCCCACAAAAAAAGGGAUGAGCGCAAAGUUAAGAUUAACCAUAGGUAGUCAAAGUAUUUAAGUUAACGUUACAAAUUUGUCCGAUUGGUUACCCAGAGUUCACAACAGUAAUUCUUAAAGCAGCCUGACAUGCAGGGUUUUGCAGGUUUUGCAGAUAUCUAACAUCAGCUUUUAUUUUCAAACUUACUUUGCAACUGAAUUUACAUAUCGUUUUGCCUUUUCUUAUCAUGAUGGCAGGAGCAGACAUAAAAUAUAACGCUUCAAAAUGCGACAUGUUGACAUAUUGUUACCUUAUCAUGUUUUUAGAUCUCAUAUUAAGUAUAAAUAAGCUUCAUUCUCAUAUCAUUGGAGUCAUAUUUGUGUCGAACAGAUGAAUGUAAGUCUGAUAUUCGCUCUCCUUUUAACUCGGGUUUGGUCUUCACCAAUUCCUGAGAAAAGUAUCUGCCAAAUGUUUCACUUUUGUCACCAGCAAGUUGCUAACUGUGUAUCUGCUGUGUGGUGUUGGGGCCAGUAUUGUGUUGAAAUAGUAGGUAAGUGUGUUAACUUGAAUGGGGGUCGAAAUAGUGUUUCAGAAAAGACAUUUACAACAGGAAAUACCGGCACAGUUAGAAUCUGUUAGAGCGCAAUACUGAAUUCAGUUCAUGAGAGACGUUGGACUUCGCAAAAAACAGACUGUGCUGUUACCUGUUUCUUUUUUAAAUACCACUAAAUACACAAUAAAACUAACACCACAAGAAACGUAAGGGCUGUUUCAGACUGGCAGUGUGUUGGCUACAUGAUGGCUGCAUUGCCUAGCGGCUCAAGCUCUUGCCGUCAUGGCACUCACAGAGACUCUGGAAGUAUUACCCUACUCUACAUUUCAUGCUCAUUUCAGGUCAAUAAACUGUUUUGGUCAAGAGCCAUGCAUAGCUGAUGGUAAAAAUAAGCACGCUCUCUUCUGUUAAAGUGUAAAUGUCGCCCUCCUGCAGCCGCCACGCACCGCUAACACCCCCAGUGUGAAGACAGGAAACAGUGGAUGCACCACGAAUGAAAGUCUGUCCCACACUGUUCUCAAAAAUAUAAAGCAAAUAUAUUAAAUAUACAUUCUCUUUUUUAAAGGAAGGAGCCCUACUUUAGAUAACUUAUAACAGUCAGCUGGAACUAUGCAACUUAUCAGGAAGAUUCACUUUGAGCAUGUCUGCUGCCGUUUCUUUGUAAUGUUGCUGUUAUCGUGAUAGAUUUUUUCCCCGUGUUAUUCUUUGUAUUGAUGUGAAAAUUGGUGUAAGAAUUUAGCCUUAUUGUCCCGUUAUAAAUCAUCUAAGCUAGUUGUACCAUCCACAUACUUCAAAAUCAACUCCUAAAUCUGUUGCUCAACUUGAGACUCGGGCCAUACAACAGCCACAAUCCAAAGUUUUAUUGUUAUGUUGUUCUGGAUUUAAUUUAUUAUUGUUUCUGGUUUCUGAAGAAAUUGAUUGGAAUUUGUUUUGGCUGACAAAAAAUAUCCUAACGUCUAUCUAAUAUAUAAAAAGGGUCCAGGAUAAUGAGUGCAAAUUAUUGCUGCUGGAUUAGGAGGCAACUGUAUUAGAAACUUUGGUCUCCUCCACUACAUUUUUCCACCAUGCUUUAAAAGGGGCACACUAUGUACUGCACUACUACCAUGUUCUGUAGGGUGGAAAUUUUACCUCACAUAUCCUUCAAAAUCCAAAAUAAUUAUUGGGUUUUCAGACCUUAAAUUUAAAACUUUCACUAAAGAGUAAAUCUACAGUUUAAAUCUAAGGUUCUGAACUGGUAGGACCUGAACAGUUGUGGCAAUUUCCCUUUAAAUGUUGGGGUUAUCCACCCGAAGGUAGGUUUGGGUCCUGGUUGUCUAAGGAGGUGAUAGUGAGUCCUGAGUUUGGACCAGUUUAGAACUAGUGCUCUAAAACUGGUUGCAAACUCACUUGCAGAAUUAUAUCUUUAAAUGUUAUAUGGGAAACCAAAUGAGCAACACCCAAAUGCAGGCAAAUAUUUCAAAAUGACUCCCAAUCUUCACCAUUAAGGCCUGUUUAUGACACAACACAACUUAAAACUAAGAUGGUAAAAGGAAAAAGGCAAUAUUUCAUCACAGCCAUGAUUUUUCAGAAAAUUUCGUUCAAAAAUGAAUGUGUUUUGUUGCAGCCGUUAAAAUUUAUUUAUUCAGCUACCUUAAUUUCUUAUCAAACAACUACAUGUACCCUUGGAUAAAAUAAUGUUGACUUAAAGUAGGUUCUGUUAGUUAACGUUUUCUUACAGUUCAAGGAAAAACAACCAGUUAAAUGUAAACUCAUGUUAAUUUGGUAACAUAAAUAAUGGCCCAGUUGGCCUUCCAUACCCUCAUUGUUCAUUGGUAUUUAGAGGUGUAGAUGAAUGGUUACAGUUUUAAGAGCCAGAUUUAUGGUUGUAUUGUCCGUCUUUUGUGCUCUAGGAGACGUUUGUGUGUUAUAAGGUGUUUUUUUUAUGUCUAUUAAGGAAGUGUCAUUUGUAUUUGAAUAAUUUUACAGAUUUCAGAUGCUGAGUAACACCCACCGUGUUUUUGUCUACACAUUCUCCUCAAGGAAACCAUGUUAUCAAAUGUAGACUGAAAGUAGGAUGGUGGUUGUUGUUGUUAAAUCAACACUUUUACAAAAGGUUAUUAUUAUUAUUAACAGUAUUACAUUGUUUUUAUAAUUCAUUAAAAGCUCUGUUAAACCACCAAGCCUUUACAAAACGUGAAUUUCUUACAUGAAGUUGAAACACAACUUCAGUGUAAUAAAUUCACGACUGCACGCACAUUUAUCUUACGUAUCAGUGAGAGUUAUCAUAUUUUAAAUGUGCUUUUUUUUAUUAAGAUCAUUCUCUUUCAGUGUUUUUUUUCAUAUAUCUGCUGCGACGUGUUAUGAGACCACAAACGGGGAAGAAACUGAGACUUUUAUUGUAUCUUCAGCUAAAGUUCAGCUGUUUCUCUGCCUCUUUUUUUGAUCUGUAGUCUGUUACAGUUUUAUUUAACAUGAUAUAUCUAGAACUUGAAAUGUGUUACUUUCAGGACUUUGACUUAAAGAUUGUUGGCAUUUAGGUUUAAUAGUAACAAUAAUAAUCAUAAUAAUAGUGAUAUUGUUAUUUUUGACAUAAGCACAUGACAAGAGCUAAUAGGAUGUAAUUGUAAUUUUCUUCUUUUGUUAUUUUUGUUGUAUAAAGUAUCAGUGAGGUCAAAUAUUUUAAGAAUGUAUUUUUUUGCAUUUUGAAUGAAACUGAACGAGACUGGCUCCAUAAACAAUAAUAACCCUUUAGAGAUCACUGUACGAGGGGGAGUAUAUACUAAAACCACAUUAAUAUAUCAUGCACAAUAUGCUGUAGAAUAACAAAUAUGUUUUAUUCAUUCAAUACUUGAAGAGAAAUAUAUCUACUCUGUAUUUAUUUCAACAUUUAGUCAUUAAAAUGAAUGAAGUGAUCAAUUUGAC